GACGUUAUUCCACGGUCUCCUGGACAAGACCUGCGAGCGGCGCCAUUGGUUUCCUUCUUCGUGGAAGAGCGGAUCGUUGGCCUCAUCCUUCGACAUUGGUUUGCUGCUUAUGACUCAGAUGGAGAUGGCGUGCUGCAGCUGGAGGACUAUGCGCGACUGGUUGCCGACUAUCAGCUUCCGCUCACGGCCUCGGAUGAGGUCUAUACCCGUGCCACGCGCGAGCACCCUGGUGGGCUUGAUAUGCUGGACUUUCAGUCGCUGCUGGAGAAGACCAGUGCUUUGUCCACAGGAACCUCUAUUGAAAAGGACGACGAGAUUGGAAGACUUUGGCGAACGGUGGAGCCUUCCCAGCAGUUCGUCGAGCCGAGCCGCGUUUUCGUGGCAGAUGGACGGACGGGCUCUUCUCCUCCACUUCUGCAGGGGCAUCUGCGCUUCGUUUGCUUGUCCGACACACAUGGCCAACAUCGUGAACUGUCCUCGCGGCUCCCGCCGGGUGAUGUUUUAUUGCACGCAGGUGAUUUCUCGACAGAUGGAAGUUUGGAAGAGGUCUUGGAUUUUGCCGCGUGGAUACGGUCGUUGCCAUAUGCUCACAAGCUUUUGAUUGCUGGCAACCACGAUUUGCCGAUGGACAAAUCCUACCGAGGGGGCAAGGCCAAGCAAAAGGCCAGCCAAGUGCGCGCGGCAUUUUUGGCUGCCUUCUCGGAGGGGGAUGGGGUGACGUACUUGGAGGACUCGGAAGUUGAAAUCGGUGGCGUCCGAGUCUACGGCACGCCCUGGCAACCGGAAUUCAUGGACUGGGCCUUCAAUCUGCCCCGACACGAAAUUGGCAACAAGUGGAAGGCAGUGCCCACGGGUGUGGACGUCCUGCUGGUUCACGGCCCGCCCUUGGGCCGUGGCGAUGCGCUUUUGCCCUCCUUGCGGCGGCGAGGCUGUGCUGACCUCUUGACGGAAGUCCAAGAGCGGAUCCGACCUCAGUUCUGUGUCUUCGGCCACAUCCACGAGGGUGCGGGUGUCACCUGCGAUGGAACUACGCACUUCGUGAAUGCCUCUUCGAUGAACGAGCACUACCAGUGUAUCCAUGCCCCACUGGUAUUCGACAUCAGCACCUCUGCGAAGGAAGGGUUCCGCUAA